CAAAAAUCAGUGAUUCUCUUAGUUGAGAAUGAUGGCAGCACUGCUUUCGUUUGCUUUUUUCGCGUUGCUGCUCUGCCAUGAGUGUUUGGCGCAGCUCAUGGAAGAGAUCUGUGAAGGGCAUGCAGAUUUUGGCCCAAAGAUAGUCAAUGGCACAAACGCCCGGCCAUUCGAUACUGCUUGGAUGGCGAGCUUAUAUAAUAUAAGUCAUAAUACUAACGAGUUUAUUUGCGGGGGAUCGCUUAUUCACAAACGCUUUGUCUUAACAGCGGCUCACUGUUCACUGCGACAGGAAAAAUUACUGGUGCGCAUGGGGGAAAGUGACAGAUCAUGUCCGGCUUGGAAGUGCCGCGGCUUGAAAGAGUACGAUGUGAUCGAGGCCAUACCCCAUCCUCAAUUUAAUAUAUCAGGUCGGUUUGAGAACGAUAUAGGCUUACUGAAACUGCAAACUGAAGUAACGUUCAAUGACCACAUACGGCCGAUUUGCUUUAUUUUGGAUGAAGCUGUUCAUGCCGAGCGGAUCCAAAGAUUUAGGGCCUUCGGCUGGGGGGCAACGCUACAAAAUGUGCAAAGCUCUAAGCUCCAGACCAUUAAAUUGACCCGGAAAAACUCGAAAAAUUGCCUCAAAAAUUAUAACAUUCCAGACGCGAACGAUCAGCAAAUUUGCGCCGGAAAUGAUUUUGGAGACACCUGCAUUGGCGACUCUGGCGGUCCGCUUGCGUCCGACUUUAUUUACAGAGGAAAAACUAGCUUCGUUCUAUUUGGGAUCGUGAGUUAUGGUGGCCGGUUUUGUAAUCUCAAUGCUGCCGUCUACACAAACGCUAUGAGCUACAAGGAUUGGGUAGCUGACAACGUGGCUCCAUACGACAUCCGUAUCGCUGAAAUCGUAAACUCUCGUAAUUAAAAACAAUGUAAAUGAAAUGAACUUGUAUACACAUUUAAAAAAACUAUCUGUCGAACACGGUUUGUUGUAUCUGUCUCCUGAUACCAAAUCGCUUUCUUUAUUUCUAAUUUGUUAACAAUGUAAAGAGUAUCAGAAAGUUGAGAUACUCAAUGUUUUUUAAUAGACACUGAAGCAAUAAAGACUUUUUGAUAAGCUGGCCUCUCCUUCGGCUUCUGCUCACCUUA